GGGAGACGGGAGGUGGGAGGAGAAAGGAAAUUCUAAGCUCAGGGCAAAUAAUCAUAGCCGAACCUAAGGAUAACUGUUAGAACUCUUAUUAAGUCCUCCUCAGAACAGCUUUCUUUCCUGCUCUAAAGAACCUCUGCUCCUGAUUUUACGAGUUAAGACACAGUAGCAUCUUAGACAUGGCCCCAGAGAUCCUCAUGCCUGAGCCACUGUGCCUCAUUGAGAACACUGAAGAGAAGCUGGUGGUUAAAGAAGAAGCUCUGAGGAUCCUGUCUGCAAUCACCCAGCCCGUUGUGGUGGUGGGUAUUGUGGGCCUCUACCGCACGGGCAAAUCCUACCUGAUGAACAAGCUGGCUGGGAAGCAAAAGGGCUUUUCUGUUGGCUCCACAGUGCAGGCCCACACCAAGGGGAUCUGGAUGUGGUGUGUGCCUCAUCCCAAGAAGCCAGACCACACCCUCGUUCUGCUUGACACCGAAGGUCUAGGAGACGUAGAGAAGGAUGAUAAUAAGAAUGAUACCCAGAUCUUUGCACUGGCAAUCUUGCUGAGCAGCACCUUUGUAUACAACACCAUGAACAAAAUUGAUCAGGGCUCUAUCGACCUGCUGCACAAUGUGACAGAACUGACAGAUCUACUCAGAACAAGAAACUCACCUGAGCUUAAUGGGGCUGAAGAUGCUGCUGCCUUGGUGAGCUUCUUUCCAGACUUAGUGUGGACUCUGAGAGAUUUCUACCUAAACCUGGAAACAGAUGGCCAACUUGUCACACCAGAUCAGUACCUGGAGAACUCACUGAUGGUCAAAGAAGGUAGCAAUGAGAGAAUUCAAAAUUUCAAUUUGCCCCGUCUCUGCAUAAAGAAGUUCUUUCCAAGAAAGAAAUGCUUUAUCUUUGAGUCACCUGCCGAGAAGAAGCAGCUUUCCCACCUCGAGGAGCUGCAUGAUGAUGAGCUGCAUCCUGAGUUUGUGCAACAAGUGUCAGAAUUCUGUUCCUACAUCUUCAGCCACUCCGCAGCCAAGACUCUUCCAGGAGGCAUGAAGGUCAAUGGACCCCGUCUUGAGAGCCUGACGCAGACCUAUGUCGAUGCCAUCAACAGAGGGGAUCUCCCCUGCGUGGGGAACUCAGUCCUAGCCUUGGUCCAGACAGAGAACUCAGCUGCAGUGCAGAAGGCUUUGGCCCACUAUGACCAGCAGAUGGAUCAGAAGGUGCAGCUGCCCACAGACACCCUCCAGGAGCUGCUGGACCUGCACAGGGCCUGUGAGAGGGAGGCCAUGGAGAUAUUCACAAAGAACUCUUUCAAGGAUGAGGACCAAACUUUCCAGAAGGAAUUACAGACCCUCCUAGAUGCAAAGCAGAAUGAUAUUUGUGAGCGAAACAAGGAAGCCUCUUCAAAACGUUGCUCAACUUUACUUCAGGAUAUUUUUGCUCCUCUGGAAGAAGAAGUGGGGCUGGGGGUUUAUUUUAGGCCAGGAGGUCAUAAUCUCUUCCUUCAAAAACUGGAAGCAUUGAAGAAAAAUUACUAUCAACAGCCAAGAAAAGGAAUACAGGCUGAGGAAGUUCUGCAGAAUUACCUAAAGUCCAAGCAGUCUGUGAGUGAUGCUGUUCUACAGACAGACCAGGCUCUCACUGCCAAGGAAAAGGAGAGGGAAGAGGCUCAGCGGAAGGCAGCGGCUCAAAGGGCAGAAGCAGAAAGAUUGGCGGCCAUUGCCCGGGAGAACCAGAGACGCCUGGAGGAGAAGCAGAGGCUCCACCAGGAGCAAGUGAGGCAGAUGGAGAUCCAAAGAGCAAACUUCCUGGCACAGCAGCGGAGGGAGCAGGAGCAGCGGCUCCGGGAAGAGGCUGAAAGGCAAAGGGCGAUGGCUGAAGCAGAACUCAGAAGACAGCAAAUACAGCUCGAGCAUCUCCAAAACAUGAUUCACUCCGCAGGCCGUCGCCACCGCCGUGAUCAAUGCAUCUUACAAUAAAAUAAAGAAAAUCCAAAUUUCUUAUCUUUCUCCUUUUCACUGCAGACACAAAGGAACAAGAAAUUAUAGAACUUGGGACAGUUGACAUUUAAAUAAUAGCAAUGUCUCCUGUUAAUUCUUCUUUUAAGUAGAGGUCAUCGACCCCACAGGCUGGGUCAAAUGGACAUUGGUCAAGACCUUGGGCUCAGUUGGAAGCUCCCCCGAUGGUGGGCAUAUGCUGGAUGCCAUCAGAGAGAGAGACAUUGGUGUUAAAGUGGAAACGAUGUACAGCUCUUAUCUGCGCAGUGGUCUGACUCCUCAGCAGGGUCAGCAGACCAUCUGCAUAGAGAAAGUUCAAGCUGAGAGCGAAUAAUGUUAUGGUGGAAUGGAGAUCUUUUAGAAGGUGAAAGGAAAUACCAACAUGGAAAUUAUAUCAUAGGAUAUAAUUUCUCCUUUUUGUUCACCCUGAUUAAAGGUAUAAUUUAAAUAAGAUGUAUUGCAAUAAGAAGCAAUUUAUAUUAAACUUAAUAACUGUGUGUUCUAUGUUUAGGAUUCUUUAGAGUUGGUAAAUAGGUAAUAUAAGGAAUACUGUAAAAUGUGCCACUAACUUGAUAAGGCUCAUUUAAUAUUAUGCUUACUUUAAUGCUAAAAUUAAAACAUGCAAAUACUUUGUAGUCAUAUGUGAAAACAUGCUGAAUUUUUAAAAUUAUAGAUUAUAUAAGUAUAUACCUAUAUAUAAACAGUCUUAACUUUAAAAUGUUUUGAAAACUAUAAAUCUACUAAUCUGAUUUUAUUUUCCCCACUAGUUAAGUCUACAGGCUAGUUUGCUUUAAGCCUGGUAUUAAAGCACACAUUUUGAACAUC